AUGUCUCGCCGUUACGAUUCCCGAACAACCAUCUUCUCACCAGAGGGCCGUCUGUACCAGGUCGAAUAUGCUCUAGAAGCCAUCUCACACGCAGGUACAGCCAUUGGCAUCCUAGCAAAGGAUGGUAUCGUUUUAGCUGCCGAGCGAAAGGUCACCUCGAAGCUGUUGGAGCAAGACACCUCCGCCGAGAAGCUCUACAUCUUGAAUGAGUGCGCAAGCCUUCCAUUCAACAUGAUUUGCGCCGUCGCUGGCAUGACCGCCGAUGCCAACAUCCUUAUCAACUACGCCCGACAAGCCGCUCAGCGAUACCUCCUAACUUACAACGAAGACAUUCCUUGCGAACAGCUUGUGCGUCGACUUUGCGAUCUUAAGCAGGGAUACACCCAACACGGUGGUCUACGACCCUUCGGUGUGUCUUUCAUCUACGCCGGUUGGGAUCCUCGUAGACAAUUCCAGCUCUAUCUCAGCAACCCCUCUGGCAACUACGGUGGCUGGAAGGCUACAAGUGCGGGUGCCAACAACGCAAGCGCACAGAGUCUCCUCAAGCAGGAUUACAAGGAAGACUGCACUCUGAAGGAGGCUUGCGGCAUGGCGGUCAAGGUUCUCAGCAAGACGAUGGAUUCUACCAAGCUGAGCAGCGAGAAGAUUGAAUUCGCGACAGUAGGACAGACUGAGGACGGCAAGAUCUACCACCGCCUCUGGAGUGCUGACGAAAUUACGGCGUUGUUGAAGGAGCAUGACCUGGCGAAGAACGAGGAGACAGAGGAAAAGUAA